AAAAUGGAAAACAGAGGAAAAAGCCCCCCCAAAAAAAAAAAAACCAAGUAAAUAAAAUAGUACGCCUCGUCAUCGACGCAGUUUGCGUUUAUGGAUCGGAGGGGGCCGAGGCUCCAAACCUCGCCAUCUCUCUUUCACUCCGUCGAAUUUACUGAAACAACCUUCUUCAGGUCCCUAAUUGAACAAAUUCAAUCUCUCUUUCAUGGCCAUCUCCCUCUCAAACCUUCGCUCUCUCUGCACCCCAUAUCUACCACGCAGAAAAACUCCUACCACCCACAGCUCCAGAGAAUCAAUGUUCAAUCCCAAAACCAAAUCCCAGUUUCCAGUUCUACGCGUCGCAUCCAAACGCCAUCGUUUCCGGUUCGAAAAUCAUGCUCUCGUGGGUGGAUUAUUUGCACCGAGAGCAAAAGAAGAAGAAGACUGAGAUAAAACUAUUCGGUUAUUGGGGAUUAUUCAGAAAUGGGUUGAAUUUGUUGGGUCGGUAAUGCCGGGAAGUAGUUGGUGGAGUUUAUGCGAGGCCGAGGAAGAGCAAGUAGCGAAACCGUUACGCUUCUGUUCGCUCUUCGUCGAUUGUGUAAAUUGUUCGAAGAUGAUAGAUGGGUUAUCUUUGUUGGUGCUUUAAUAAUCGCUGCGCUUUCAGAGAUUUCGAUGCCAAGUAUAUUGACAGUCUCUAAAUUUUCCUCACAGAAUGGGGAGACCACCGUGUUCACUAGGAAAUCGCAGUUAUUAGUUAUUUUGUGUUUCACGUCAGGGAUAUGCAGUGGCUGUUUUGCUGUUGCAAAUACCAUCUUGGUCAGGCGCCUUAGAGAAACUGUAUAUUCUACUAUUAUCUCUCAGGAUAUCAACUUUUUCGACAGAGAAGGGGUUGGUGAAUUGACAAGCAGGCUGGGGGCAGAUUGUCAACGGCUGUCUGAUAUUAUUGGAAAUAACGUUAAUUUAAUCUUAAGGAAUGUUCUUCAGGGAACUGGGGCAUUGAUCAAUCUUUUUAUGCUAUCUUGGCCUCUUGCAUUAUCUGCAUUGUUGAUAUGCUCUCUGUUAUCUGCAAUUUUUGUUGUUUAUGGCAAGUACCAGAAGAAAGCUGCAAAGGUGACCCAAGAUUUCACUGCUGGUGCCAACGAAGUUGCACAAGAAGCGCUUUCUUUGAUGAGAAUCGUUCUGGUUUAUGGAGCAGAAAGAAAAGAACUUGGAAGGUUCAAGCAGUGGCUGGACAAAUUAGCUUCCAUAAACAUGCGAGAAAGUGUAGCUUAUGGAAUCUGGAAUCUGAGUUUUAAUUCCCUUUACCAUUAAGUGCAGGUAUGGUUUCUUGCAGUUCUUUUUGGGGAAAUGUCAAUGCUGAGUGGUCAUAUCUCGGCUGAGCAACUAACUAAGUAUGUCUUAACCUGGAGGGUGACAGACAAUGUAUCAUCAUUACUACAGUCGGUCGGAGCGAGUGAAAAGUUUCUCCAGUUAAUGGACUUGCCCAGUGACCAGUUCUCUUCAAAAGGCAGGCGCUUUCAGAGUUUACUGGGACAUAUCCAAUUUUUGAAUAUAUCAUUUUACUAUCCUACGACGAUAAAAGUUCCUGUUCUAGAUCGUGUAAACCUUUCUAUACAUCCAAAUGAAGUGGUUGCAAUUGUCGGUCCGAGUGGUGGUGGAAAAAGCACUUUAACCUAUCUUUUGCUUCAUCUAUAUGAGCCAAUUAAUGGACAGGUUUUAGUUGAUGGCUUUCCUCUUAGAGAUUUGGAUAUCCAAUGGCUGAGAGAAAAAAUUGGUUUUGUUGAGCAGGAACCCCAUCUGUUUCAUAUGGAUAUCAAGUCGUAUAUUAAAUAUGGUUGCAGAGGAAACAUUAAACAAGAAGAUAUAGAACAGGCAGCAAAGCUUGCCUAUGCUCAUGACUUCAUCUUGUCUCUUGCUAAUGGCUACGAAACCCUUGUUGAUGACAAUCUACUUAGUGGAGGACAAAAGCAACGGAUUGCUAUUGCUAGGGCAAUUCUUAGAAACCCUUCAAUCUUGAUCCUUGAUGAAGCCACCAGUGCCCUUGAUUCCCAAAGUGAAGAUUAUGUCAAGUUAUAAUUUUCAAGUUUUCACAUAUUCGGGGUCCUUCAUGAAUUCAAAAAUGAUAUUAAAGCAAAACGAACAGUCAUUAUCAUAGCACAUAGGCUCUCAACUAUAAGAAAUGCUGACAGAAUUGUUGUAAUGGACAGUGGCCGUGUUAUAGAGGUAGGUGACCAUGCAGAGCUCAUUCGAAAAGAUGGGUUGUAUUCAAGGUUGAGCUGAUGGUUUAGUUUGAUUCAAGACCAGGUUAUUAUACGUGGCUCCACUAAUAUCCCACUUUUGUAUUAAAAUCAAAACGAGCUUAUUUUUGGGAUUAAUUGUAUUUGAUUCUAAAAGCAGAAACAAAAAAUUCUGAAAUUUCAUUAGAUAUGGUUUAUACAAGGACCUGCCAUGUUUAUAGUUGCUUUAAA